CUGGCCUCUACUCCCCAGGCCUUCUCCCCUCUGCACCCAGGCUUGGAUUUCUGAGCUCUCUGCUGUGCUCCAGAACAUGGCAGGUCCCGCAACCAUUGCAGCCAGCCUCCUGCUGCUGGCCUUUGCAGCUGGACACAUCUGCCGUACAGGCUCUGUGGUCAUUCCUGUUUCCUGUUGCAUGUCGUUCGCCACCACGAAAAUCCCUCGGAGCCGAGUGGUAGGCUACCAGUUAUCCAAUGGUAGCAUGUGCCCCAGAGCAGGGGUGAUCUUCCUCACCAAGAAGGGCCUCAAACUCUGUGGCGACCCCAGGCAGCCGUGGGUGCAGAGUUACAUCAAGAAUCUGGACGCCAAGCGCAAGAAGUCCUCCAAAAGGGCCAGGAUGAAGGACCUCAGAGUUCCUGGGCAGACACCUGCUGGAGGCAGCCCCACCAUUUAAUCCCUGUCCUCAGGUGGGAAGGGGGAUGCAGAGAGCUACCUUUCCUGUUUCUUUAGCAUCUCCCUUCCUGGGAGAUUCUAGCUUUCACUUACCCCAGAGCCGGGAGAGAAGGUUCCAGAAGGAGGGGCAGCAUUGUGCCCUUCUCUGUCCUGCAGGCUCCAUCAGAACAUGGAUGCAUUCUCUGCCCCCUACCUGCCAAACACCUGCACAGACCUUGCUGGGACUGCAGGGGGCCUGUGGCCUUGUGGUGGGAGCUUCUGUGGUGUCAGCUCUGUGACACUUGGGGGGGUACACUGCUGCCUUUCUCA